UGUCAAAAGAAGACCAUAAUGUACAAUAAUAAGUGAAUAAAUAGAUGACACAAAAUAUAAACAAUGUACAGCGUAAACAGUAAAUUGCACAAAUAAUUUAAAUAUUGCUUGUGGCCAGGUACAUCUCAUAAUUGUGACUUUAUUCAUGCAUAUUCCCAUAAUAUUUUGACUUUAUUAUUAUAACAUAAUUUUUCUGAAACCUAAUUUUCCUAAAUAAUUACAACCUUAUUUGUUGUUUCUCAUAAUAUUCAUUCAUUUUCUACCGAUCAUCUUAUCCUAUCUAACGCUUAAUUACUAUUUUGACUUUCUCCUUGUAAAAUUACAAUUUUUUUCAUGUUAAAAUGCUAUAAAAUUACAUGUAAUUUAAAUUAUAUAUCAGAAAACUGGCAGCACAAAUCCAGGAAUAGAGCAAGGAUGUUCAAAGUGUGGCCUGCAGCUGUUUUUUUAAUAACACAUUAUAAAAAUGUCAUUAAAAAGUUGCUUUUUGGAAAAAGCAACGAUGAUGACUUUCUUUACUACUUUACUACUUUAGCAUGCUUUCAUUUUUUUUAAAUAUAUUUUUCUACUUUUGACUUCAGCACUUUACACGUUAAUUGAAACACAUUACCUUUUUUGUGGCUUUUAAAUUUGUUUUAUUUCUAGCACAGCUCAACGCUUACACGUCUCAUCAGUCUUUGAAUAAAUAAAUAAAAAAUACGUGAACGCACCACUGUUGUCAAACCGGAAGUGAGAGCGGAGGUCCUACUUGAGAAGCUAGUAGACCUAGCUCCGAACCGCGGUGCCUCCCGGCCCGGCAUGGACUAUGGACCUGGAGGAGGCUUUCCAGGUGGUCGGGGAGUUCGGGGCCUAUCAGAAGCGAGCCGUGUGCACCCUGGCUCUGACCCAGCUGUAUAUGGCCUGUCAGUCCAUGUUGAUGGUUCUGAUCGGAGCGCCUCCAGACGUCCACACGCAGCAGCAGGACGGCCUCCAGUCGUCCGUGGCCCUCUCCGGGGAUGUGGACUCCAUUGUGACAGAGUGGCUCCUGGUCAAGCAGCAGGCGUACAAAGUCAGCUUAGCGGGAUCGCUCUUCUUCGCCGGCCUCCUCCUGGGCAAUGUCAUCUUUGGGCCGCUUUCAGACAAGAUCGGCAGGAGACCCGUUUACUUGGCGGGGCUUUUAUUUGAGGUGCUCUUCGGUUACAUGACGGCAGCGGCGCACAGCUAUGAAGUUUUUGCAGCGUCCCGCCUCAUGGUGGGCCUCAUGAACGGCGGCAUCGGCCUGGUCUGCUUCGUGCUCACUCAGGAGUAUGUGGGCAAGUCCUACUGGGCCAUGACGGGAACGCUAACCAGUAUGACCUUUGCGGUCGGCAUCGCUCUCUUUGGAGCGCUGGGCUACGUCAUCAGGCCCUGGAGAACCCUGGUCAUGGUGGCCAACUCUUCGGGCGUGCUCUGCUUCCUGUUGUCAGUCACGCUUCCAGAGUCUCCACGCUGGCUGUACUGUCGGAACCAGACGGGGCGGGCGGAGGAGGUCCUGCGCUACAUGGCGCAAAGGAAUGGUAGCCCCGCCCCCAACCUGACUCUGCGGCGAGUGGGUGGCGCCAAGGGCGGUAGCGACAAAAGCACUGGAGUCCUGCAGCUGGUGACCCACCCGGUUCUCCGCUUCCGGACGGUGGUCCUGAUGUAUGUCUGGUAUGUGUGCAGUCUGGUGUAUUACGGCCUGACGCUGGGCGCCAGUCAGACGUCUGGAAGUCGUUACGUGAACGUGGCCAUGUACGGCCUGGUGGAGCUGCCCGCCUACCCGCUGUGUGUUUACUUCAUCAACAAACACUGGGCCGGCAGGAAGAAAAGUAUGUCCGCCUUUUUGUGUCUGGGUGCUUGUGCCUGCCUCUGCACCAUCUUCAUCCCAGACAACACAGAGACGUCGCUGGGCGCCACGUUGGCGCUUUUAGGAAAGCUGAUGGUGAGCGCGGCCUUCAACAUCGCCUACGUUUACACGUCAGAGCUCUACCCCACCGUGGUCAGGAACGCCGGCCUGGGAGUUUGCUCCAUGUCGUGCAGGGUCGGAGGAAUCCUCGCUCCGUUUGUUCCCGCCACGCGAGCAUUGGCCGCGUCCAUGCCCUUUACCGUCUUCUGUGUGAGCGGCCUCUCUGCCGGAAGUCUGGUCCUCCUGCUGCCAGAAACCUUGAACACGUCGCCGGCUGAGACCGUGGAAGAGCUCAGCACCGGCCGCAGCCGUGUUCUGGAGAACAAGCCUCUUCUUUAUGAAGAUGGGAGGUGGGAAUCAAGCCUCAAAUGAAGCCACUGCCAUCGUCUUCAUCAGCAACGAAGCCGACUUCACAACCGGUGAUCCCACUGGAGUGGGAGACAACGCGGCCUUCAGAUUGAAUGUUGCCUUUGACUGUUUGUUUGAUGUCUAUUUUUAUGAGACAUUUUCUUUAUUGUUCUGCUCAAGAAGUGAAAGUGGACUGCUUUGAGCCUCAUGCCACCGUGUGGUUAACCGCUUUAUCCGUGGGACAAAUUUAAAAACAUUUAGUGGUGUUCAGUUAAUUAGGGUGACGAAAUAAAAGACGUU